AUGGGGCACCACUUUCGUCCUUUGGCACUAUUGAAGAGCGAUAAGUUAUUAACUAACAAAUAGUAUCGGAUUGCCAGACCUAACUCCACAUCGCCGCGGAGUAACUACGAAAUGAUCAACAAUCUUCACAUACUUGUAUUUUGUUGAAUGACAUCGGAAGUGACAUAAUCAUAACGCUAACAUUCGGAAGCUGCUAGGUCCCAAACAGGUGCUAGCUUAAACUUUAAAUUCAGCCUCCAACCUCCUAACAUGGCUGUAGACUGGGUUGGGUUCAGCUAUGCUGCUCUGGUGUCAGCAGGAGGAAUCCUAGGUUACGUGAAAGCAGGCAGCGUCGCCUCCCUGGCUGCAGGACUCUUGUUCGGCCUGCUGGCUGCAGCCGGUGCUUAUCUGGCAUCUCAAAAUUCCAAGAAUGUCUGGCUUUCACUAGGCACCUCGGGAACUCUGGCUGUGGUGAUGGGACUGAGAUUUCUCAACUCAUGGAAGUUCAUGCCAGCUGGUUUAAUGACUUUAGCAAGUGGACUAAUGCUGGUAAAAAUCAUCACUGGAAUGCAGAAGAAACCACAUAAAUGAAAAAAUGAAAAUAUCUAUAUAUACCUUUUCUGUAUGUACACAUUUUUGACAUAAAAAAAAUCUAAUUUGUGCUCCCCACAUACUCUUCAUUCACAAACAUUCCCUUUAUGUGGUUUUCUAAUACAAUCUGGUUCUGUAUAAAAAAUGUGAUAUAAAUAUCUUUUUUAGAGGAAAGGGUACAAGAAAAUAAAGUACAUUUGUUAGAGUUACAGUUAGGUGAUGUUAGCUUGUAAAUGUAUCUGCUGCUGUAAAACAAUAAAUGUACCCACUUUGAUAAAGAAA